AUUCUCAUAUAAAUUUAUAUAUGUAAACUUUUCUCCUUUCUUCUUCCCUAACGCCCCCGUUGCUUCUACUGCAGCCUCUCAGAGCAGUCGCUUCUUCUGUAAAAUCUUGAAGGUUGCUGGGUUUUGUGGGUUUUAACCUUUACCAAGAAAGAAAAAAUGUCUGGAGAGGAUGCUGCUGUUGCUGUUCCCGCUGUCGAGACUCCUGCUCCAGCACUUGGAGAGCCUAUGGAUAUCAUGACUGCUCUGCAGCUGGUGCUCAGGAAGUCUAAAGCUCAUGGAGGGCUUGCUCGAGGACUUCAUGAAGGUGCUAAGGUCAUUGAGAAGCAUGCUGCACAGCUUUGUGUGCUAGCAGAGGACUGUGAUCAGCCUGAUUAUGUCAAACUGGUGAAAGGACUUUGUGCUGAUCACAAUGUCAGUUUGAUUACAGUUCCCAAUGCAAAGACUCUUGGCGAAUGGGCUGGUUUAUGUAAGAUUGAUUCUGAAGGUAAAGCAAGGAAGGUUGUUGGUUGUGGCUGUGUUGUCGUGAAGGAUUACGGUGAAGAGACCGAGGGUCUCCAUAUCGUCCAAGAGUAUGUGAAGUCUCAUUAGAUAGAAAUUGGAGAUGGAGCUUUAGGAUCCCCUGAGGCUAUGUUUUUCUAUAUUUAUCUGUGCUUGCAUUAGAGUUGAGUUUUUGAUAUUUUAAACAAGUUAUUUUUGUGACUUCCAAUUUUGUUUUCCCAUCAGGGAGGAUCGUCUAAUACUUAGUCGAAACCUCUUAAGUAAUGAUCCUAUUUCCUGCAUAUUCUUGACAUAGUCUCACUUUUUUUGGGUGAAAAUUUUUACUACAAGAUAUGCUAUCACUAUUCCAGUGUUAGCAUUAUUUCUCGAA